AUGCCACCAAAUAUGAGGUUGUAUUUCUUUAUACUUUUCAGUGAGUAUGUUAAAGAAUACAGAAAACUGAACAAAGAGAUUCGAGAGCUGGAUUAUAAAGUCCGGGAGGAAGAACAGAGAUCUGUGGAAGCUUCACUAGCUAGGGGAAGCCCAGGGAAGCGAAGAAGUGGUCAGAGUGAACAUUUUGACCCAGAAUUUGAUCCAAGAACAAUUAAACGAGCUCAGAGAAUUCAACAGGUGAGAGAUAUGUGGAAACAGCUGGAAGAUUUUGAUCGUACGGAGGCAGCUGAACGUGAAGUUGUAGAGUCUAUAGUGGAGAGAACAAUCAACAAGUACAGGCUAGAUGCUGCUGAUAUCAGUGUUAAAGUUCCUGACAUGUUACUGAGAGAGUGUGGGGAGGAAAUCAGAAGGCGUAAUGUGGACAACACAUACCAGGGAGGAAGGUUAAACCUUGUCAGUGUUCUUCAGCUUUGGAAUCUCUGUCUGCAUCUAUACCUGGAAAAAAUCAAUGAGGUUGGUGUUCCAAAGUUUGAGGAAGAAGUUCAGAAGUUGACUUCACAAGUACAUGUACAACAGAACUACGCACAAAAUGCUCAAACACUCAGGCAACAGAUGGCGGAGCGUAUACCAGUGUUAAAAUCUUCAAUAGAAAAAUUACGAGCCAAAUUAGAUGCAGCAUUGUUUGAGGACAAGUCUCCUGAGUCUAUCAGAACUACAUCUCUAGGACUAGGAUUGGUUGGCCCCUCACCGCAACCAAGUUUUUCGCCCGGGCAGGGAAAGACACCAGCUGGAGGAAUAGGAGUUCCCAAGUCACCAAGCAGUGUAACUAACACUCCUGAAGCAGCCAAUCAGAUUACAGAACAGAUGAGAGACGCUGUACGACGUGGGCCGGAUCAGCUGUUCAAACAACCUGAACUUCUCAAGCUUUCUAACAGGCCACAGGAGCCAUCAUCCAUACCUAAACCUGCAAGAUCACAGACAAGUUCAAGACAGUCAUCUAGACCCACUUCUGCUAGAAGUACAGCUAGCAGUAAAGCUUCUGUAAAGUCAACUCCAAAAUCAAGCAGAAGUACAGAAAAACAAACUAGAGAUAUGAAAAAUGAACAAUCUUUCACUAAAGUACCCAGUCCACGAACUAUGAUGGAAAAAUUACAGCUGGGAGACAGUCUGCGACAGGAAGCAGACGGACAGGAAGUGCAGACUGGUAUUCCUUCAUCUAGGCCAUUGUCAGCAUGUUCUGACAGAUCAAACGCUUCUUCAUCCCGUACACUUACAUCAAGAUCUGAAAAGUCGUCUGCUUCACACAGAUCUGUGAAAUCAGAGUUGUCAGGUGCUGGGGAAGAUUACUCACAGGCAAGAAAUGCUAAUCAUCAUACCGGCACAGGCAGGAAAACACCAACAGAUCUUCUUGUAGAGGAAAUCAUGGGGGAAGGAAAAAUCUUGCCUCCUUUCAAUUCAGGUAUGGAGGCUUUUGAAUCUCACAGUCUUGUUCGUACACCUGACACAACUGAAAACUUGUCAAGAGAAAGUCUAACCCCAACUAAUGAACUGUUUGAUGACAAUAAUGAACAAGACAACAAUGAGGAAGAAAUUGUCGACAUAAAAGGACCAGAGAUAGAUCUUGAUAACUUAACAGAAGGCAUGGGACCAACAAGUGAUAUGGGUAUAUGUGAUCAUACUGCACAGAGUGGAAUGAUGGGAAGUUUAGAGGCAGAUCAUGACAACAUUUACAGAGAGUUGCCGGAUAAUACCGCAGAUGCUAGUCUUGUUACUGGGAUGUCACUUGAUAAAGAAAACACAGAACAGGUAGCUGAUGACUUUACAGAAAGAGGAAAUGACGGGGAUGGCUCACCAUGGACAGAAGGUGCAAGAGAACUGAAUGAUGACGUUAUUGAAGGAAUGAUUGAAGAGGGGAUCAGACAGGUCACUCAAGAUGGUCUCAACGAUCUAGAGGAAGAUACAGUACAAUACCCCGCUAAUGUUUCACCUGACAGGAGGUAUGAGGAGGAAGAUGUACAGAUUGACAAUGUGUGUGGACCAGAACUAGAGGAAGAUGACAAUAUGUCUGAGAUGUCCAUGCGUUCCACUGAACAACCUAUAGUCAUAGAUAGAAGUCUGCUACAGCUUUCACCGCAACCACCUACUGAGAGAAUACAUAGAGAGUUAUCUUCCCCUGAGAGCCCAGAGAUGCUGAUAGAUGAAGAAAAGUUUCCAUCACUGGAGAAUUCCCCAAGGGAGGCUAUCAUUAUUGACAGGAGCUUUCAGACGCCAGGAGCUCAUGAAAGGCAGCCACUGUCCCUAUCAAUGAAUGAGUCUCUUAGUGGAUUAGGAAAACAGUCAAUGUCUCCUGGCCUUUUGUCCAUGUCUUUCCAAGGAAAACCUUCACCAGCAACAAAAACUCCUGUGUCUAAAGAUUUUCUGUCACGGUCACUUGUAAUGGAGCGUAGCCCACUAAGUGAGGAAAUACGAAAGAUGUUUAAAAAAGCUGUGGAGGAAACUCCACCACCAGAGGACAAAACUGAGCAAAGAUCUUAUGCACCUGAUGAAUUGAAAUUACCAGAUGAGACUGCAAGUGGUAACCAAGGCAACAGCAGAGACAGUUCUCCUGGUUAUCAUGGAAACAUCUUGAAAGAAACUGACAUUUCCUGGGACCUGACGGAAAAUCUUGAUGAUAUAGAAAUUCCUGACUUGGAUCAAAAUUUAGAUGAUGAUAUUGAUAACUUACUGGAAGCAAAUGACAAAAUAUUACAGUCAGGGGGAGUAAAUCUUGAUGAAGAUGAUGGAAUUGAUGACUUUUUUACUAGUAAGACACCAGAAUUACCAAAGCGGAGAACCCCAGCUAAUGUUGAGAUGUCAAGGACACCUCAACAAGGUCAAUUUGAAGGGUCACAUGGAGAGGGCAGUGGUAUAGAGGAUUGGACCAUAAUUAUUUCCACAUGA